GGCUUUUUAUCAUUGUAGACAAAAGUGAAGCAUAAUAAUAUUUAAAUAAAGAAUAGUAUUCCUUCUUUCCAGAAAUAUGCAACAACAUUCCCAGUUGUCAGUGUCCAGGACAUGGUUAAUGCACAGUUUGCUCUACUAGACCAUCUUGGAAUAGAACAUUUACACGCCAGUGUUGGUUCAUCACUGGGUGGAAUGUGCUCUCUAAUGGCAGCAGCUAUGUACCCAGACAGGGUUGGAAGAAUGGUUUCAAUUUCAUCCUGCGCACAUAGUCACCCAUCCUCCAUCGCAGUUAGAUAUCUCCAGAGGAAAUGCAUUAUGAGUGACCAAAACUGGAACAAGGGACACUACUAUGAUAAGAAAUACCCAAAGAUGGGCAUGAAGCUGGCAAGAGAGUUAGCUACAAUGACAUACAGAAGUGGACCAGAAUGGGACAGCAGGUUUGCUAGGAGCCGUAUAGAUGAAAUGGCACCAGUGACACUGUGUCCCACCUUCGUUAUAGAGAGUUACAUAGAGUACCAGGGCGAAACUUUCAGUACCAAAUAUGACCCAAAUUCCAUUCUCUACAUUUCAAAGGCUAUGGACAUAUUUGACAUGGCUGAGGGUUACAGUUCUCUUGAGGAGGGAUUAGCUCGUGUCAAAUGCCCAGUUAUGGUCAUUGGUGUACAGACAGACGUCUUGUUUCCCAUUAAACAGCAGCGGGAACUUGCAUCUGUUCUCCAGUCUGCAGGCAACAAAUCUGUGACAUUUUAUGAGCUGAACUCUAUUUUUGGACAUGAUACAUUUUUGCUUGAUUUAAAUGGUGUUGGUGCAGGUGUAAAGGGAUUUAUUGAAACACGGACUUCAAAAAACGGCUUGGCUUCUAUUCCAGUUUGUUAGAGAAGACGUGUUUAUGAAAUAUGAAAAAUACCAACAACGUCAAAAUAUACUUGUUUGCCAGAUAUGUGCUCUGACCUGUUUAUGAAAUUAUAUUAAUUUACAUGAAACUUUGUGACAGAAAGUGACUGACAAGAAAGACAACAGCUAUUCAUGUACAUGUUAGAUACACAUUUUCACGUAAUUGCAUAAAAUGCUGAAUAGAUUUGUUUGUAAACUUCUUUUUUGAAAUUGAUAACUAUUUGCAAACAGUUCUAUUUUGCAGUAAAAUGUCAUUUAUUAGUUCAUUAACAUUAUAAUUCUGUACUAUAAAUUUUGUAAUUUUGUCACUUGUAUUUUGCAGCUUGGUUGUUGCAAUAAUUAUGUUGUGAAGAAUUCACACAUCAAAGCUGGUAAAUUAUAAUUAUGUUGUGAAGAAUUCACACAUCAAAGCUGGUAAAUUAUAAUGCUGCUGAAUAUUCACAAGUGAUUAAACUCUGCAGAUGUGAUUAAAAAUUCUUGCAUUAGGCUGCUUUUUAGUCAUUUUUAGGGCAUAUUUUAACUGUAGAAUUCGCAUUCGCACACUGUUAACACAAUUUUUCACAUAAUUAUGCACAUUGCAUGGCAGAACAUAAACAUAUUACAGCCUUUAAAUGCAUAACACAACACGAAUGAUGUAAAUGUGAUCAGAUAAUCUGACAUUUUCACACAUUUCAUGCUGAUAGGCAUGUUUAUUCUCACACAUUUCAUGCUAAUGGGCAUGUUUUUAUUUUCUAGCUUUCUGCAUGUUUUAUGCUAGAAUAGUGAAAAGGAGUGCUUGUUUCAUGUUAAAGCAUUUAAGAAUAAUGUGCUCUGGAUUCAACAUGUGUCUUUGGAGUCUGCAGAUGUUAUUAUGUUAUCCCUACAUAAAACCACCAUGAAUAUAAUCAUGUCUACAGUGUUUGGUAUAAAUCAUUUCCAAGUUGAAAACAGCUUUUCUUAUAAUGCGGUCAUAGAAAUCCAGUCACCUUUUUACCUUUAAAAUUGUAUGAGAAUUUUUCUGACUUACAUUGAAAUGACAACUAUGCAUAUUUUCAAAACAUUAGUUAUGGAAAAUGUUUGUGAAACUAAAUUUUAUUAUCAUUAUUUUAUUUAAGUGUUGAAUAAUAUAUUUUUGUGAUCAAUACAAUGCACAGUUAUUACUGUUAUCAUGUAAUUGUAUGAGAAUUUUCUGACUUACAUUGAAAUAACAACCAUGCAUCUUUUCAAAACAUUAGUUAUGGAAAAUGUUUGUGAAACUAAAUUUUAUUAUCAUUAUUUUAUUUAAGUGUUGAAUAAUACAUUUUUGUGAUCAAUACAAUGCACAGUUAUUACUGUUAUCAUGUAAUUGUAUGAGAAUUUUCUGACUUACAUUGAAAUGACAACUAUGCAUAUUUUCAAAACAUUAGUUAUGGAAAAUGUUUGUGAAACUAAAUUUUAUUAUCAUUAUUUUUUUUAAGUGUUGAAUAAUAUAUUUUUGUGAUCAAUACAAUGCACAGUUAUUACUGUUAUCAUGUAAUUGAUAAAACGUUUUAUACUGUGAUAUCAUUAAUAUUUGUGGGGGUCUAAUUUUUAUGCAUUACUAGAUUGAGUCAAUCAACAAUAUUAAACCUAAACAAACCAGUUAAAUUCCCAUUCAUUAUAUGUUGAAAAAAUUAUAUUCCCAUCAAAUAGCUGUUCUAGCCAAAACCGUGAAAUUGUGUGCGCACGAAAUUAAAUGAUUUCACUGUGUUAGACAUAUCUUUGUUAUCUUUACGGCUGAUAACCAUUAUAGCUUUAUAUUAUAUACAAAUGUAUAUAGCAUUGGAAACACAUACAUGUACAUAUCUUUUGUCAUAUGUGUGAAAUCUUUAUUGAUGUAUGUUUUCAUUGUUAAUAAUAUGUAUUAUUCUAAAUCAUAUUUGUUAUACUCAGAUUUUCAGUUGUAAUAAAAUUUAUAAGGCAGUUUGUAAACUUAAUAAAAUUUGCCAAUCUGGAUGCUGGGGACGUAAAUAUGACGCCUGCCGUGGGCUCGGCUGGAAAUGAGUUGUUCCAUCCAUUCCAGGUGGGGACUUUCGUCGACUACCCACGUAAAACAAGAAACUUUACCUAUUUAUCUCUUUAUCUAGCCUGUUUAACGUUGUUAGAUAUGUAUUAACUUACAUCUCAUAUUGUCUGUUCUAAGUUACUGUAGGAAAAUCAAAAACAUAGUUACUAUUACGGUUACUUCAAUAAACUAUUGCUGGAAAAUGGCGUUAAAUUGUUAACUCUGAAAAUGCGUUAAGCGGAAUUCUAUUAUAGUAAAACUGAAUGUACGCCAUAAUCCCAAAGUACCAGAAAAUAUAGUAACACGGAGUUCAUGUAGGAGGAGACGUUUGGUUAUCUCGAAGUCAAGAGCUCGAUCCGUGGGAAUGUAUCAAGUGAUUUACUAGAUAAUAGUUCUAACGGCAGUUCAUUCCACAGUUUUGGAUCAACAGUAUAGAAACUUCUAUCAUUAAACGUUUCGCACUUGUUGUAUGGAACAACAUAACGACAUUCAAAAUUUUCUGACGAUCUCAAACCUCUACUAGGAACAUACUCUGUAAGCAAUUCUGUUAAAUACACAGGUGCUCUGCCAAUGAGACAGCUAUACAUGGAAGGAUGUAUCUUAAACCCAAUCCUUGCUUUCACCGGCAACAUGCUUGUUUGGAACUGUCAAAUUUCCUCUUGUUAAGAACAAGUUUUGCAAACAUGUUUUGAAUACAUUGCAUCUUACGUAACUCACCAUUAGCUACACCAUACACUAUGACAUUGCAAUAAUCCAGUUGUGAAAUAACUAGAGACGAAACUGAAAUUUCAGUGUCUGCUUUUGUAAAAUAUUUUCGGAUGUUCUUAAUUCGUAGGUAAUGCAACAUGGCUGCGAGAUAUUUGCCUUUUGCAUGAUCUUUAAAGUUCAAGGUUUCGUCAAGAAAUGUACCAAAUAUAUCAUCACCAGCAAUGUUCGAAUUUGUAAAACAUUUGUUCAAUUGCGGUCUGCUAUCAAACAUAAUAAAUUCAGUUUUUGAAGUGUU